AUGACUCCGCCACAUUCUAGCACAAUCCCCGAAGAAGACGAAAAUGAUGAAAAUAUACCGAAUAAAGAAUUGCAAGAUGAUAGCUCAUCUACUGAUUCAGGAAACGAAAGCACUUUGAGUGAUCAUCACUUCACACAAAAUACUAACGGAGAUUUAUCUACUCCUGAAAAAUUCCACAAGACAAGAUCAAAUGGCUCGUCAAACUCCAGCUCAAGAGAUGAUAACGACACCAUCGAAGAAAACGCAGAUCUUGGAGAUGCACCCAUCGAUAGACGAUUAUCCACUAGCAAUUCAAUCCCAGACAGUUCUCUCUCUGCGAGCCAUAGUAUUGCAUCCGUCCCUGUUCCUUUUACACCAGGGGCGGGCGAUUUGGAAAGUUUCCAAACCCCAUUCUAUAGAACAAGUACUUUAAACUCUGGUGCGGAAUCAAGUACUCAUGUCAACAAGAGAUUAUCAAGAAUCUUCACUGGGUCCAUUAAUGCAAACCCAGAUUUCAACAGCCCAGACGAGGAUUUGGAUCUUUUGGAUAACGAUGCUAAACAAAAAGAAGAAAUCGAUUAUUCAGAUAUCCCAUUGAUGGGUGGUGGUAGACCUUACCCUCCAUUGAUUGAAGGCUUGGAAGCCUAUGAAGUCACAUUUGAUGGACCAGAUGACCCAAUGCAUCCCUUCAACUGGCCUCUUUGGAAAAGAUCUGUCUUGUCCCUCUUGUUAUGUUUGGAUUGUUUGAACGUUAGUGUUGGUUCUUCCAUUUUCAGUUCAGGUAUGCCUCAAUUGGAAGAGAAAUAUCAUAUCAUCGAAGUCGUUGCCAUCUUGGGUGUUACAUUAUAUGUCUUGGGGUUCGCCUUCUCUCCUGUCAUUUAUGCCCCCUUGAGUGAACUAUACGGUCGAAGAGGUGUCAUCGUCAUUUCAGCCUUUGGGUUUUCAUUAUUCCAAUUUGCUGUCGCCACGGCUGAAAAUAUUCAAACCAUUAUGAUUUGUAGAUUCUUUGCAGGUUUCUUGGGUGCAGCUCCCUUCCCAGUCGUCCCUGCAGCUUUUGCUGAUAUGUUCGAUACUAAUUUAAGAGGUAAAGCCAUUUGUUUAUUCUCCAUGGGUGUCUUCUUAGGUCCUGUCAUUGCUCCAGUCAUGGGUUCUUAUAUGGCUAAAUACACCACAUGGAGAUGGUUAAACUAUUUGGUCGCUUGUACAGGUGCCUUUUUAUUCGUAUUAUUAUUCUUAUUUUUCGAUGAAACUAAUCAUCCAACAAUCCUGGUCAAUAAAGCCAAGGAAAUUAGGAAAAAGACUAAUAAUAAAAUGAUCCGUGCUGCUCAUGAAGAUGUGGAAUUAUCCAUUAAAUUGAUUAUCAGAGAUACCGUCUCAAGACCUAUCGUUAUGUUAUUCACGGAACCAAUUUUAUUAUUCAUCACCAUUUAUAACUCUUUUGUCUACGGUAUCUUAUAUCUGAUGUUGGAAGCUUAUCCUAUUGUCUUUGUCGAAGGUUACGGUUACAAGACAAACGGUAUCUUACCUUAUUGUUCUUUAAUUGUCGGUAUGGUUUUAUGUUCUACUUUCAUUUGGUAUAUGGAAAAGGAUUAUUUGCGAAGAGUCGAAAGGAAGGGAAAAUUGGUCCCAGAGGCUCGAUUGUAUCCGAUGAUCCCGUCAGGUGUGUUAUUCUCAGCAGGUAUUCUGUGGUUCUGUUGGACUGGUGCUUGGCAACGUAGAAUCCAUUGGGUGGUUCCAACGAUUGCAGGUUCUUUGAUUGGGUUCGGUUUGAUCGGUAUUUUCUUACCAUGUUUGAAUUACAUUAUCGAAUCGUACUUGUUAUUAACAGCUUCUGCCGUCGCUGCAAACACUUUUAUGAGAUCCGCUUUCGCAGGUGUUUUCCCAUUGUUUGCGGGUUAUAUGUUCCAUAGAAUGCAUAUUGAGUGGGCUGGUAUGUUAUUGGGUUUAUUGGCUGCAGGUAUGAUUCCUGUGCCUUUGAUUUUCUUGAAAUACGGUCCUGGGUUAAGAAGAAGAUCAAAGUGGGCUUACAGUGAGUAG